GUUUCCCCGUGCACCAUCCCAGAGCAGCUCUCCCUAGCCAAGCGCUGACAGGGACUGUACCCGUGUGGAAGGUCUGAGAAAGUUGCUUUAGAAGAUGUGUGAAGAAGAGGAUAGCACUGCGCUGGUUUGUGACAAUGGCUCCGGACUGUGUAAGGCUGGCUUUGCUGGGGACGAUGCUCCAAGAGCUGUUUUUCCUUCCAUUGUGGGACGUCCCAGGCACCAGGGUGUGAUGGUAGGCAUGGGUCAGAAAGACAGCUACGUAGGUGAUGAAGCUCAAAGCAAGAGAGGAAUCCUGACACUGAAAUAUCCCAUAGAACAUGGAAUCAUCACAAACUGGGAUGACAUGGAGAAGAUUUGGCAUCAUUCUUUCUACAAUGAGCUGCGUGUUGCCCCUGAAGAGCAUCCAACUCUGCUUACAGAGGCACCUUUGAAUCCCAAAGCUAACCGGGAAAAAAUGACACAGAUUAUGUUUGAAACUUUCAAUGUCCCAGCCAUGUAUGUUGCUAUUCAGGCUGUUCUGUCCCUCUAUGCCUCUGGACGUACAACAGGGAUUGUGCUUGACUCUGGGGAUGGUGUCACGCACAAUGUACCAAUCUAUGAAGGCUAUGCGCUGCCCCAUGCCAUCAUGCGCCUGGACUUGGCUGGCCGUGAUCUUACCGACUACCUCAUGAAAAUCCUGACUGAACGAGGCUACUCAUUUGUCACUACUGCUGAACGUGAAAUUGUCCGCGACAUCAAGGAGAAACUCUGCUAUGUUGCCCUGGACUUUGAAAAUGAGAUGGCCACAGCUGCUUCUUCAUCUUCCCUAGAAAAAAGCUAUGAGCUGCCUGAUGGUCAAGUGAUCACAAUAGGGAAUGAGCGUUUCCGCUGCCCAGAGACCCUCUUCCAACCCUCUUUCAUUGGUAUGGAAUCCGCUGGCAUUCAUGAAACCACCUAUAACAGCAUCAUGAAGUGUGACAUCGACAUCAGAAAGGAUCUUUAUGCAAACAACGUCCUAUCUGGUGGAACCACUAUGUACCCUGGGAUUGCGGAUCGUAUGCAAAAGGAGAUCACGGCCUUGGCACCCAGCACCAUGAAAAUCAAGAUUAUUGCUCCUCCGGAGCGCAAGUACUCUGUUUGGAUUGGGGGCUCUAUCCUUGCCUCUCUUUCCACGUUCCAGCAGAUGUGGAUCAGCAAACAGGAAUACGACGAGGCUGGCCCGUCCAUUGUUCACCGCAAAUGCUUCUAACUUGCUCCCCCCUUACUUUCUCUCUUUGAGUCACAUUACUGUGGAUGUAUUCAGGAAUAACAGCAUUCUUAUAAUGCCAUUCCAAAUACCUUCAUAACAAUGUCUCUGGCUUUGUUUCUAAUUAGAUUUAUAUGGAAUAUUUUUGGGGGGUGGCGGAGGGGGAAUAAAUCAUAAACAUGUUAUCAGUUAUGUGCUUGUAAUUUUUAUUAAUAAA